AAAAAGUGAAGAGAGAAGUAAUCAGAAUGUAAGGGGCAAGGGAGUAGAAACCCUAGAGUGAGAAAGAGAAACAGAGAACAAUGAGAAGAACUGUUCUGAGAAAUGCAACUCUGUUCACACGCAACCUUCUUAACUCGGCCCCUGCACCCGCCGCUUCAACUCCUCUGCGACCAAAACUUUUCUGCUCCAAUGGAACUCCCCCGCCGGUUCCACAAAACCCUGACGACGUCGACAACAAAGAGCUGAAGAGGCGGAUUGAUAUCUACAUGAAGGGCGACGAGGAGGUGCUGCCGUCGAUCAUGGAGGCGAUUCUGCAGCGGAAGCUGUCGGGGAAGCACGAGGAAACUGACGACGAGCUGAUGGAUGAGCUCCGCAUGCGCCCCCUUGACAAUGUCGAAGACGGGGACUUCGAAUCCGAUUUCGAGGAAAUCCACGAAACCGAUGAGGAGCUCGACGAUUUGUACAACGCCAGGGAUGCGGUGAUGAAAAGGAUGGUGAAGGACGAGUACUUCAACAUGGAUGAUAAAAAAUGGGACGACAUUGUUGAAGAUGGGAUCAAGCACGGUUUUCUUAAGGACACCAAGGAGUGCGAGGAGAUUCUAGAGGACAUGCUCAGCUGGGACAAACUCCUCCCUGAUGAUAUAAAGCAGAAGGUGGAAAUAAAAUUUAAUGAGCUAGGGGACAUGUGUGAAAGAGGAGAACUUGAACCUGAAGAAGCUUAUGAACAAUUUAAGAAGUUUGAGGAUGAGAUGGUAGCGGAAUACAUGAAGAUAAUGGAAAAAGAGGAGGUCCCGGUCCCACAGUUUGAUGAUACUGCUGUGCUGGAUAAGAAAAAGGACUCAGACGAUCCACCAGGUGAAGGUCCAAUUUUGCGGUGGCAAACUAGGGUAGUCUUUGCUCCUGGUGGUGAUGCUUGGCACCCGAAAAACAGGAAAGUGAAACUUUCUGUUACUGUGAAGGAGCUAGGGCUUUCACAAUACCAAUUUCGCCGUCUCAGAGAAUUGGUUGGAAAGCGUUAUCAUCCAGGGAGAGACGAGCUUACAAUAACUAGUGAGAGGUAUGAACAUCGAGAAGAAAACAGAAAAGACUGCUUAAGGACACUUCUCUCUCUCAUUGAGGAGGCAGGAAAAGCUAAUAAAUUAGUAGAUGAUGCCCGGGUUUCAUAUGUAAAGGAGAGGCUCCGUUCCAAUCCAGCAUUCAUGGAGAGGUUGCAUGCGAAGUGUAUGAGGUUGCGUGAAUCUAAUCAGGUUACCGCUUGAAGCUUUCAGGUCUGGUGUAUGAAUUUUUGAACAUUCACCUGUCAUAAUUUUGUAAUGCUCCCAGAUUUUAGUUUCUUUCAUGAUUAUUAUCUUUAUUUUUAUAUAUUCGAGUCUUAUCAUGGUUUCCAGUUGCGGAAACAAGCUCGCUGCCUAGAGGAGGUUUCACACUGAUCUUUCCCAGACCCAUGGUUGGAGACUCAUGCACCGGGCUGAUAUCUGUCGUAUCUCUCGUAUUUAGUGCUUGAAUAACGUAUACUAUUUACUUCUAUCAGAUAUUGUAUGCUAGUGUUAUGCUUUUGAGGAGUAACACUGAUCAUGGAUAAGGUUGGAUGACCUCAAAUUGAAGCUAGGAUUGCUAACAUUUUCUACCUUUAACCA